ACCUACGGUCACACUGUAAACAAUCAACACCGACGCCAAUUGUCGACAAAAAGAAAACGAGCAAAAAGCAACAAAAAAAUAACAAAUGUAAUUGUGAAACAAUAAACAUUAUUGGCGUUUUCAUUCAAAAUGAGUGCCUACAAUCGAAAAGUGUUAAUGAAAAUGUGCUCCGGCAGCGAUCGAUUGUGUGAUAUGGAUGAAUCAGGGUACGCGUCCUUUAGAGCGCUGCACAACUCAACCGUGGAGGCGCCAUUUUUAUGUGAAGAGACUGAAAAUUGCCUGAACGCAUCAAAUAUCACAACAACAUGCGGACUGCAAAAGGAGACAGAAUCAACAACUUUGAAUUCCAUGCAAUUCCAAACGCCAAGCAGCGCCUAUGAUCUUAAUUCCAAUUCGAAUGCAAUAAAUAUGUCGCAAUGGCGGAAUCACAAAUCUUUGAGUCUGCCAACGACGUCGAUGGCGACUUCUUGUGGCCUUGAAAUCGAAGAUGAUGAAAUGUGUUGCAAGUCACCGCUACCUUUAUCAGUAACAAUGCCGCCUGGUGCAAACAAAAGACGAAAGCCACAUACCCAAUCACACAUGGCUCAUCACAGCAGUCCCAAAAAGUCGAAGAAGAAACUUUUUCCACAGGCCACGAUCGAUCCCAUUUGCCGCACUCGCUAUUACAAUGGCAUCGAGCAGCUGGAUAUCGUUGGAAUGCUUAUCCAUAAUGUGCCUGCAUUAGAAUGUAUACUCAGCAAACUCAGUUCAUCCACACUGGACACCAUGACAAAGGUGUCGCAGCUUUGGGCGCAGGCUGUUUACAAAAGUGAACGUGCGCUGGAACGACUGGAGAAUCAUCGCUUUAAGAUGACUCUGACCAAAGAAAAUACACAACAUUCGGUGAAGGGCGAGCGCAAGCUGUCCAGAUCCACCACCAACUGGAACAUAGUGCCAUUGCAACCAUCAAACGCCAUACACAAACCAAACAACAAACAUGACUUUAACUUUAAUAGGAACAGAAACACGCCCAUGGAGGACAGUUGUCUACUGGUGGAGCAAUCGCAACGUAUUAAGUGUCCUAGAUGCGGCAAAAGCAGCAAGGUCUUCUACAACCAAUCUAUCAUCAAUCAAACGCCUCAACGUUCUCGAUACCCGAGGACAACAGCAAGUCUGUCGCAAACAUUGCCACAUUCAUAUUCCAUGAGUCAGGAGUGCAAGCCGCCGUUGACGCGCUUCUUUUCCCUGGAUGAAGUCAAGAGCAGCUCGCCGAACGAGAACGAAUCCUCGAAGUACGCAUUUGGCGAAUGCACCAGCACGCUGUGUAAAUUUCGCUUCUGUGUCCAUUGUUGCUGUGCGCCUCAUCCGGGUGAGAAGUGUCUGGUCACCGAAAUGGGCACGCCGUCGAAGGUAAUGAUGCCUGGCGAGAAGUGGACUCCGCCAAAGCCCACACAAAGAUACGAUUCGAAGCUCAGCCGUAAGAAAUCAUUAAAGCGUUUGAACUUUUGAACUACAUGAAGAGAGAAGCACAAAAGAACAAGAACCGCAACUGUAUCGUUAGUUUUUAAUCAUAAUUGAAUCAAGAAAUGUACCAAGGUUUUUACAUGUUUAACUAGUAGUAUUAUCUUAGUUGUCCACACAAUUAUCUCAUUAGUUUGAAGCGAACACAUUACAAACAAUCCAUGUCAUUUAAUUUUAACGCAAAACUGUUCCGUAUGCUCAACAUUCAUUCUUGUACCUCUGUGAGAUUAAUUAGUUGUAAGAUACUUUUUACAUAUGCAAAUAAACGAUAUUUUUAUAAACAUGA